GGAACCGGAAAAGGCUUUCGGGCCACUUCCGGAUUAUAAGAUCCGCCCCCCCGUUCCCGGAAGUAGGAGAGCGGUGUUGCCAUGGCGGCGUCUCUGGGGCAAGUGCUGGCUCUGGUGCUGGUGGCCGCCCUGUGGGGUGGCACGCAGCCGCUGCUGAAGCGGGCCUCCGCUGGCCUGCAGCAGGUUCAGGAGCGGAACUGGGCCCGACAGUUGCUGCAGGAGAUGAAGACCCUUUUCUUGAAUCCUGAGUACCUGAUGCCCUUUCUACUCAACCAGAGUGGCUCCCUUCUCUACUACCUCACCUUGGCAUCAACAGAUCUGACUCUGGCUGUGCCCAUCUGUAACUCUCUGGCCAUUGUCUUCACAUUGAUUGUUGGGAAGCUCCUUGGAGAAGACGUUGGUGGAAAACGAGAAGUUGCUGGCAUGGUGCUCACCGUGACAGGAAUUACACUCUGCAUCACGAGCUCAGUGAGCAAGACCCAAGGACAACCAUCUACCUUUUGAACGGACCGACCCCACCUCCACCUCUGCUGUCUCCAGGAAGCCCAUGGGCAUGAGGUGCAGGUAGUGAGCAGAUGGACCAGCCCUCUCUGAGCCCAGCUUCCUCGUCUCUUCUGGAAAGAAUAGCUACCUCAAGCAUCACAAUAAGAGAUCAAUGAUGGGGUUCUGUAACCUUCAAGUGGUGUUCAGCUGCUGGGAUUCAGGCCAGGAGACUUUACACUCACUCUCAUGAGCCUCUCCACCCAGCAGCUUCCUGUGGACAUCUCAGACCACCAUCACCCAGCCACUAUUAACCUGGCCUGCUCGACUACCAUAGUGGCGGGUCCCAUGGAGUGCAGAGCCCUCCUGCAUGGAAAGGACCACCUGUAGUCACUGAGUCAGAAAUGGGACCCAGACACUCCAGGGCUCAGUCAUGGUGACUUGGCUGACUGAGGGGUAGAACUGAGGGUAAGACUGUGCGUCAGAAUGGCAGAUAGGAGAAAUGAGCUGUCUGUCCCCCUCAGGGUAGGUGAAAAUGCUCAACUGCCAACCCCUCAGACAGAGAGCUGUGAGCCCCAGGACCAUGUAAUUAAUGCAGCACCGGUGCAACAUCUGGCCAGUAGAAGCCUUCAAUAAAUCUGCACUGUACAGACUGAG